UGGCGGACAAAGAYUCGAUGUUGAUUUUUCCAUUGAUGCAAAAUUCAAUAAUUUUUGCUGCCAUUCUAAAGUAAAAAGCAAAUCUAGCUCUCUUACAAAUAAUGGAAAAGAAAGAAACGAACGAAGUCCUGCUAACUUCCCUCAGAGGUGGCGAAAAACGGCGUAUUCCCGAGAGCUGUGUUUAUGGUUCUUGUCGUCCUGUGACAGAGUUUGAAAAACUCAACAGAAUUGGCGAAGGAACUUAUGGCAUAGUUUACAGGGCCAGAGACACUAAAUCUAAUGAAAUUGUUGCUUUGAAAAAAGUGCGUAUGGAGCAUGAAAAAGAUGGGAUUCCUAUCAGCAGUUUACGAGAAAUAAGCUUGUUGUUGAACUUGAGGCACAACAACAUUGUUCUUCUUAAAGAAGUUGUCGUAGGAAGACAUUUGGAUAGUUUAUUUUUAUCAAUGGAAUAUUGUGAACAAGAUGUAGCAAGUCUGCUUGACAACAUGUCUACUCCAUUCUCAGAAACUCAAAUCAAGUGUCUCAUGAUACAGCUGUUAAAAGGCACUCAGUAUCUUCAUGAACAUUUCAUAGUACACAGAGAUCUUAAAGUGUCCAAUCUGUUACUAACAGGAAAGGGUAUUCUAAAAAUAGCUGAUUUUGGACUGGCCAGAGCAUUUGGCUACCCCUAUGAGCCAAUGACUCCUCUUGUGGUCACCCUGUGGUACCGUGCACCUGAGCUUCUACUGGGAGCUAAAGUCCACACAACUGCUGUGGACAUGUGGGCUGUUGGCUGCAUAUUUGGUGAAUUACUGGGAAACAAGCCUCUUUUUGCCGGGAAAUCAGAAAUCAAUCAAAUGGAAUUAAUUGUUGAGCUACUAGGCACCCCAAGUGACCAGAUUUGGCCUGGAUUUUCUAGCUUACCUGGGGCCAGGGACGUGCAGUUCAAAGUGCAGCCAUACAAUAAUCUAAAGCACAAGUUUUCCUGGUUAAGUAAGGCAGGGCUUAGCUUAUUGAACCACAUGCUAAUGUAUGAUCCUUGUAAGAGAGCCACUGCCGCAGAAUCCCUGCAAAACUCUUAUUUCGUUGAGAAACCUUUACCCCUGGAUCCUGGUAUGAUGCCUACGUUUCCAGAACACCGGAAUUAUAAAAGAAGACAUUCAGAUCGACCACAGGACAAACGACCCUGUCCAUUGAGCCAGUCAGACCGUUCCUUUGGGGGUGGGUUUGGGGACUCGUUUGGUCCACAACUCCCCAAACAUGUGACCAAUUCUAAAAUAGCUAAGAAGCGAAAGUAGAUGUAUUUGUAUGUGUUAAUUUUACUUGAAACAGAAUUACAUGAAAGAAAUACUAACCUCAAUUAGUCAAAUCCAACUAGUGGCCUACCAUCAAUGCUUCGUUCUGGUUGGAUUAGUUCCUAGCUACUGUAGUAGCGAAAAGUGCCGGCUUUGAAAACCAAAACAUUAAAUUGAACUUUAAUUCAAAAUUUGUUUGCGUCUAUAAAUUUGAUCGUCUAUAGUUGGAUUUGACUAAAAGAAAUAGUGUUCUCGCCCUCUUGGGCUAUGGCAACCACAAAAAUGUUGCAGAACAGUUCAAGCAUUUGACAUUUUUAACGGAUAUAUUUUGAAAAUUGUAAUUUGUCUUUGAAAAAAACAAAAACAAAAACAAAAACAAAAAAAAAAAAAAUGCACCUUUUAAGAUGCUUUAAGCUAAAGCACUGCCAAAGGUCUUAAAAAACAUAUAUUGGUCCAAGAAUUACCCACAUAACAAAAGUACUUUUCCAUGCUUCUCCUAGUGAAGGGCUACCUGUCCAAUGGUUGACAAAUCAAGCGAUCGUGACAUGUGUUUUUGGUCCAGUGGACACAGCUCGAUUCAGAGAAACCGAUUCAGAAACGUAAGGAUCUGUCGUAAACAGUUUUCAGCCUCAAAAUAUAAUUUUCAUUGAGUACGCUCUCGUUCGAUAAUAUGCGUUCUAAUCAAGGUUCAUCGUAUAUGAGGAUGGUAACGGUGGUCGUGCUUGUGCUGUUUAUAGUUAACCAGUGUUCUGAAGGUUGGUAUAUGAUGAUGUAAUAUUAUGCUUAUAAACAUCCAAUUUGAAUGAUUUCAAA